GCUCCCGGCGCCGCCGCUCGCCGCUCGCUCCCGGGCCCGCCGCAACGCGGGGCUGGCGGGGGAGAGCCGCCCCCGCCGCCGCCCCCGCCGCCCGCGCCGCUCCCCUGCCCGGCUCGCCGGCCCCGGGCGCGGGGGAGCGGCGGAGCCCUCCGCCCGCCGGGUGCAUGGACAGGAGCUCCCUGCUGCAGCUCAUCCAGGAGCAGCUCGACCCCGAAAACACCGGCUUCAUCGGGGUGGAGACGUUUGCCAGCCUGGUGCACAGCCAUGAGCUGCCCCUGGACCCCGCCAAGCUCGACAUGCUGGUGGCCCUGGCACAGGGCAACGACGAGGGGCAGGUCUGCUAUCAGGAGCUGGUAGACCUGGUCAGUGCCGAGGGGGCCGCGGGGACGGGGGCGAGCGGCCGGGUGCCAGCCCGGGGUGGGCACUGGGCACCUCCUCGUGCCCCUGGGGAGGGGGGCAGACAUCGGUGGGCCCUCAGGGGCAUGGGAUGGUGGCACGGCCUUGAGGUGGCUCGUCCGGGCUGUGGCGUGAGGGGGUGGCUGGGCAGGGGGUGGCCACAAGCCCCGCGGCCCCCGCGGCCCCCCGGGCUCUCCCCGCAGAUCAGCAGCAAGCGCUCGAGCAGCUUCAAACGCGCCAUCGCCAACGGGCAGCGGGCGCUGCCCCGCGACGUCCUCCUGGACGAGACCGGCCUCGGCUUCUACAAGCGCUUCGUCCGCUACGUGGCCUACGAGAUCCUGCCCUGCGAGAUGGACCGGCGCUGGUACUUCUACCAGCACCGCACCUGCCCGCCCCCCGUGUUCAUGGCAGCCGUCACCCUCACCCAGAUCAUCGUGUUCCUCUGCUACGGGGCCCGGCUGAACAAGUGGGUGCUGCAGACCUACCACCCCGAGUACAUGAAGAGCCCCCUGGUUUAUCACCCCGGGCACCGGGCGAGGGCCUGGCGCUUCCUCACCUACAUGUUCAUGCACGUGGGGCUGGAGCAGCUGGGGUUCAACGCCCUCCUGCAGCUGAUGAUCGGGGUGCCCCUGGAGAUGGUGCACGGCAUCCUGCGCAUCAGCUUCCUCUACCUGGCCGGGGUCCUGGCAGGCUCCCUGACUGUCUCCAUCACUGAUAUGAGGGCCCCCCUGGUCGGGGGCUCAGGGGGGGUCUACGCCCUCUGCUCAGCCCACCUCGCCAACGUCGUCAUGAACUGGGCCGGGAUGCGCUGCCCCUACAAGCUGCUGCGGAUGGUGCUGGCGCUGGUGUGCAUGAGCUCCGAGGUGGGUCGCGCCGUGUGGCUCCGGUUCUCGCCGCCGCUGCCGGCCUCGGGCCCGCAGCCGUCCUUCAUGGCUCACCUGGCGGGGGCCAUCGUGGGCAUCAGCAUGGGGCUGACCAUCCUGCGCAGCUACGAGGAGAGCCUGCAGGACCAGUGCGGCUGGUGGGUGCUGCUGCUCUCCUACGGCACCUUCCUGCUCUUCGCCGUCUUCUGGAACAUCUUCGCCUACGACCUGCUGGGAGCACAGAUCCCCCCCCCGCCAUAGCCCACGCCCCCCGCCCCGGCCCUUCGGUUGGUUUGUUUUCCAGGCCCGGUGGAGGGGUCGGGGGGUCCCCGCGCGUGACAUGGGGACAGGCCACCCCCCGCCCGCCUGCCCCCUCGGUGCUACAGAACGCGCCGCCCCCCACCCCGGGCUGCGCCCCCCGAAUGUACCUGCCGACCCCCCGCGCUGUACCCCCACCCCAAAGGAUGCUUCAGCCCUGCCCUGGCAUCGCAAACCCCCCCGGGGUGCCCGCAGGGCUCGGGAUGUGCCCCCCGGAAGGAGCCGAGUGUGGGGACCCCUUCGCUGGCUCCUGUACCCCCUUCCCAGGGUGGGGGCCAACACUCGUUGCCCCCCAGGACCUGCACUUUCACACGAAGGACUGGUGCCAAAAUAGGAGCGAUUUAUUUUUCUACGCCAAAAUAAAUAUAAAUAAAAGAAAGAGAGGAAUUAAAAAAAAAAAGAAGGAUAUGGGGAGAGCCCGGCAGGAACCAGCUGAGACCGGCACAACUCGUUUCGGCAGUGCCCUUGGGGCGCAGCCCCCCCUUCCCCGCGCCCCGGCCCCCCGCUUUGCUGCCAGCGCCCUCCCCGGGGCGGGGGGCUCGCCACGGGAUGGGGGCGCAGGGGGGGUCCCCGCUCUGACUCCCCCCCCGACCUUUUUGGAGUAUAAAUAAAUAUUUUGCACACUG